GAUUUACAGAGCGAUAUCUUAAAAGACCAGGACAGACAACACCGAUUACAUUUUCGGGUUCAUCAUGAGGACUCACGUUGUUCUGCAGCUUGGAUUCUGGGGACUGUGUCUAACUUUGGCACUCCUUGGAGAAGGAACCGGAGAGCAAAUUCCUGAUCCAGCACCUAUAAAUUGCUUAUGGAGCCGCUGGUCAGAGUGGAGCCCUUGUGAUAACUGCACAAAAAUUCGAAGGCGUUCCCGGGGUGUGGAAGUGUUCGGUCAGUUUGGUGGCCAGGCCUGCCUGGGAUCACUAGGAGACAAAGAAUUCUGCACGACAGACGCUGUGUGUGAAGUACAGCCAAACCCUGAGUGCUCCAGCACACAGUUCCAGUGCGAAUCAGGUUCUUGCAUUAAUAAGAGGCUGAUGUGCAAUGCGGACUAUGACUGUGAGGACGGGUCUGAUGAAGACUGUGAUCCUGUGCGUCAACCGUGCCGUGGCGCAGUGCUGGUUAACAAUGAGCAAAGCAGGACGGCGGGAUACGGAAUCAACAUCCUGGGUGCUGAUCCUCGAAUGAAUCCCUUCAACAAUGACUUCUUCAAUGGAUUGUGUACUACCAUCUUUAAUCCAUAUACAAAGAUGCGGGACAGGAUUCCCUGGAAUGUUGGUGUGUUCAACUAUGAGACUCUAGCAGAGGAAACAGUUUCCAGAGAAAUCUAUGAGGACACACACAGCCUUCUGAGAGAAAUACUGAAGGAGACGAGCCUCAACAUUGAUGCUGGACUUUCCUUUAAAUUCUCUCCAAGUGAGGAGUCCAUGUCAAACUCGUCUGGGUCAGUGGGUUUGGAGACGGCUUAUGAUAAGAAAACAAUGAUCAAUGAGGUGUCAGAGUACACCACCAUUAAGAACAAGAGCUUUAUGCGAGUGAAGGGCAAAGUGCAGUUGAGCACCUACAUGAUGCGAUCCCGAUUACUCCAAGUGGCAGACGAAUACCUGGCACAUGUCAAAUCUUUGCCCUUACAGUACGAGAAGGGUAUUUAUUUUGCCUUCCUGGAGGACUAUGGAACUCACUACACCAGAAAAGGGAAGACCGGAGGCGAAUAUGAUUUGGUUUAUGUUCUCAACCAGGACGUCAUCAAAGCAAAACACCUGACAGAGAGCAAAAUCCAAGAGUGCAUCAAAUUAGGAAUCACUGCAGAUUUUACCAGCUCUAAAGGGACGAACGUAGGAGGACACCUUAAAGGAAGCCACUGUGAAGAUGUCAAGACGAAAGAAGGAACCGACACCUCAGGAAAAGCCCUGGUGGACAAAGUGUUGACAUCAGUCAGAGGAGGCACCCUGGAAAGUGCUGUUACCAUGAGGGCAAAGCUAAAUAAGGAUGGAGUGAUGGACAUUGCUACCUAUCAGCAAUGGGCUCGAUCAAUUGUUGAUGCCCCGGCGCUGCUUAAUAGUGAGCCAGAACCAAUCUAUUCAUUAAUCCCGCUGGACAUUCCAGAUACUAACUCAAAAAUAGCCAACAUAAAGACGGCCACAGUUGAGUAUGUGGCAGAGUAUAACGUGUGCAAGUGUAAGCCGUGUCAUAACGGAGGCACGCUUGCUCUGCUGGAUGGAAAGUGUAUCUGUAUGUGUCCUCAUCAGUUUGAAGGCUUGGCCUGCCAAAAUUACAAGGGUGAUAAAGGUAACCAUGGAACAAGACCUACCGUUACCCAAGAAGGUAACUGGUCUUGCUGGUCUAGUUGGUCGGCUUGUAGCGGAGGGAAACACAUGAGGACGCGCAGCUGCAACACAGACGGACUCAGCAGCGCUGUCUGCAGAGGAGAAACUGUCAGUGAGGCUUACUGCUGAACAAACGCAACCCAACUUCUCUCUGCCUUUCAGUCUGUGAUAAUCAACACCUAAAGGAGGUGUCAACAGAUUCACUCAGCAACUUUUUUUUUUAAUUGGGAGUAUAGUGCCAUCUUGAGGUCGUUAGUAGAUAACACAAUUCAUAAA